AUGAGCUACAACAACAAUCCUUACGAGUCGCAGAACCCUUAUGAGUCGCACGGAGCGGCUCCGACUGAGAGCUACGAAAUGAAAGCUGCCCAAAAUGGGUACGGUAACGUGCAGGGCGGUGGUUCGAGUGGUGGAGACUUUGUGCAAUUCAUGGGUAAGAUCAAUGAGAUCAAUGGUGAAUUGGACACGUACGAGCAACUUAUCAACAGCAUCGACACGUACCACAAGAGACUGUUGGCUGAAGUGAACGAAGACCAGGAAAUGGAGUUGAGACGCACUUUGGAUGACAUAGUAUCUCAGGCUUCCGAUUUGCAGUACCAGUUGAGAAACAAGAUCAAGAGUGCUCAGCAGGACGGGUUGCACGACGCCAGCAAGCAGGCGCAGGCGGAGAAUUCGAGACAAAGAUUCUUGAAAGCCAUCCAGGAUUACAGAAUAAUAGAGUCUAACUACAAGGAGGAGAACAAGGAGCAGGCAAUGAGACAGUACCGCGUGGUUCAGCCCGAUGCGACCGACGAAGAAGUGGAAAACGCCAUCAACGACGUAGGUGGACAGCAGAUCUUCUCGCAAGCGCUCUUGAACGCAAACAGACGUGGCGAAGCCAAGACCGCGUUGGCUGAAGUGCAGGCAAGACACCAGGAACUGCUCAAGCUGGAGAAGACGAUGGCAGAACUGACCCAGCUGUUCAACGACAUGGAACAGCUUGUCGUGGAACAGCAGGAGAACAUCGAGGUGAUCAGCAAGAACGUCGAGGAAGCGCAACAAGACGUCGAACAAGGUGUCGGACACACCAACAAAGCCGUCACGAGCGCCAGAAGGGCCAGAAGAAACAAGAUUAGAUGCUGGAUCAUUGUGUUCCUGAUCUUUGCUGUGGUCGUCGUCGUCGUCGUCGUCCCAUCCGUCGUGACGUCCAAGAAAUAA